AAAUAAUAAAGAUUCUUUCAAUAUUUUCCUUUUGUAACAUGGUAUCAGAGCAGCCAUAGCCUGGGACCAUUCAUUCACGAGCAAGGACGAGGGCACAUGGCGGGCGGUCAUGCACUGCAUGUACGAGAUCGGAACGAGGAGACAACCGGAUCACAAGGAAGCAGCAACACAACUUUGCAGAAACCAGGCUUUACGGAUGAGCAGUGGCAAACCCUUCUCAAAAUGAUGGAAAAUUGUAAGAACACUCCUAGCGAGGAAAAACUGUCAGGACCUACUUACGAGGAUGCCGAUUGGAGUGGGGGAUCGACGUGGGGGAGUUUAUUACUUUCGGAGUCUAGAACGGGCACAAGUUCAUGCUGUGGCCGGGAAUGAUUCAGGUGAUUUGUGGCACUCACGUUUGGGGCAUCCGUCAUUGAAAGUUCUCCGUUUAGUUACUUGUUUAAAUAAGACAGUAUUGCAAUCUGUUCAAAAUAAAGCCUGUGAUGCAUGUUUACGAGGCAAACAAACCCGUUAUAUUUUUUCUAUUAGUAGUGCUCGUGCUGUCGAACCGUUUGAGCUAAUACAUUGUGAUGUUUGGGGUCCGUAUCGUUUUUCAUCUACUUGUGGAGCUCGAUAUUUUUUUACCAUAGUUGAUGAUUUUUCUAGAGCUGUUUGG